AUGCCUGGAUCCGUCUUUGCUUCCAUUGCUGCAGUCGCAGCGCUCACCGCCGGAAGCACGCAGGGCGAGACAACCGCCCACCUUCACGUGCGGAUUCACACCACGGUGUCGUGUCCAAGCGGCCAGGAGAGCAUUGGCGUUGUCGGCUGGACCUCCGAUGGGUGCGUUGCCUCCGGUAGCGUUUGCGUGGCCAACGUGAAGGGCGCGUGCCCCGAAGGCGCUCAUUGCACAAUGCUGGACACUGGCGUUUACGGCUGUAUGGAUGGCGCAGGAGACCCUGCGAAUCAGACGAGCUGCCGUGGCAAUGAGCAGAGUAUUGGGGUCGUCGGCUGGGACCAUGAUGGAUGCAUCUCUUCGAGCAACGUUUGUGUUGCCCAGGCGAGCCAUGGAGACUGUCCAGCUGAAACUUCGUGCCAAAAGCUGGACACGGGUGUGUACGGCUGUGUGGCAGGUCCCACGAAGCACCACCACCAUCACAAGUCGCACGAGAUUGUGGAGUCCACGUGUCCGAGUGGACAGGAGAGCAUCGCUGUUGAAGGAUGGUCGGCGGAUGGCUGCGUUGCCUCUGGAAAUGUGUGCGUCGCCAACAACAACGGUAUGUGCCCCGAGGGCGCCCACUGUACGUGGCUUGACACGGGUGUAUUCGGCUGCAAGGAAGGCGCUGAAACUGCUGGUGAUAAGGCGAGCUGUAGCGGCAAUGAGCAGAGUAUCGGAGUUGUCGGCUGGGACCACAAUGGCUGCAUUUCUUCGAACAAUGCUUGCGUUGCCCAGGUGAGCAACGGGGACUGCCCUGUGGGCGCUUACUGCUCGCUACUUGACACGGGUGUGUACGGCUGCAUUGCUAGCUCCAAACACUAA